AGGAGAAAAUUGAAUAACAAAUAUACAUUGAGUAGCUCCUUUGAAUUCAAUCCACUCCCUUUUCUUUUACUUUUCUCCCAUUUCUAAAGCUCUCGUCUUCUCCUCCAAAACCUUACAUCUACCAAACAAUCAAACUCCUAUACACAACCCAAGUAUUGAACUCAAAAAACAACAACAUUAUGGUUGCAGGAUGGAGAAAAGCGUUUUACACAUCCAAAGACAAAGACUCCAACUCCAAAGUGUUGGUAGAGACACACCCCCAACAUUUGGACUUCGACAACAUCAAUGGAAGUCCUCAAAACAACCUCCGUUGUCAAACCUCUGACUCCAAUUCAUCACUUUCCGACAACAAAAGUAACAACAGUCCCAAGUGGUCAUCAUCAUCAUCCCCUAAUUCGCCAUCCUCUUAUUACACUCUUCUCAAAUCUACCUUAGGCCUUUCCAAAUUUUAUUUGUGUGUGCAGAGUUUAUGUGGAAUUUGUUCACUGAGUGUGAAAACGGGCGAAGGAAAAGCAAUUUUCACAGCGGAAUGUUCUCAUAUUUUUCACUUUCCAUGCAUAGCAGCUCACGUAAAAAAUCAACAAAUCAUCACGUGCCCCGUGUGCGGAACUAACUGGAACGACCUUCAACCAGAGAAAACUAACACAGCACAGAACGUCAAAACGACGACGUCUUUGAAGCUUCCAAACUACAACGACGACGAGCCACUCUUGUCGUCUAGCUCCGUUUCGCGCUUCAACACGAUACCUGAAUCGGAUGAAAACGAAGAAGAAGAAUAUCAAGAAGGAGAAGAAGAAGAUGAAGAAAACAAAGAACCUAUUGAAUUUCAAGGCCACGGUGUUUCUUCAACUAGAACAUUCGAUGCGUUCUUGUUACCAGAGUCUGCUCUUAUUGCAUCUAAUAAGAGCUUCCAGACUUUAAUUGCUGUGUUAAAGGUGAAGGCAAAGCCGUAUAAUGUGGUGACAAAUCGGCCGCCGGUGGAUCUCGUGACGGUGAUAGAUAUCGGUUGUUCUUUUUCCGGUGUAGACUUUUUGAUGCUGAAACAUUCAAUGCAAGUCGUAAUCUCUACACUCGGUUCAUCCGAUCGUCUCUCGGUUGUUACAUUCUCCGGCGGAUCCAAACGGUUGUUUCCGUUGCGGAGGAUGACCGGCCGCGGUCGUAGAUCAGCGCGUCGCAUUAUAGACUCGCUUGUUACUAAUGAGGUGAGCGGCGAUGAAGCUCCGGCGAGGAAGGAGGCCUUGACGAAAGCGGCGAAAAUUCUAGAAGAUCGUCGGCAGAAAAAUCCGGUAACCAAAAUCAUACUCCUCACAAACGGUUACGAAGAUAGGAGAUUAUCUUCCACGCGCUUCUCUCAUUUGGAAAUCCCUGUUCACGCUCUCAACUACUCACGCGCGCUUCAUGACAGCGCGUUUUCAGAAAGCGUCGGAAAUUUGUUGCGCGUGGUUGCUCAAGACAUCAAGUUUGAAUUCCAUAACACAGUCGCAGGGGAGAUCGCCGCUGUUAAAUCACCGUAUUCCGCCACACUCGGAGAUAUCCACGCGGCAGGGGAGCGUGACUUAGUUGUUGAGUUAAAAGUGCCUUCAUCGCAUGGGUCCCACAACCACGUUCUUUCCGUACGGUCCUCAUAUCGUGACCCAUUUACACAAGAACUUGUUCAUUCCAAGGAGCGUUUGAUUAGUACUCCACGCUCCCUCCCCGUGGGAUCGUUAGACCCUAAGAUCAAACGGUUGAUACGAUUACACGUCAGUACUCGCGCUCGAGCAAGCGCUGACGUGAAGAAAUCUAAUCCUGAAAUGGCUCACGAAUGGUUACGAAGGCUUCAAGCCGAAGAAAAGGUUGAGCCAUUCACGCCGAUAUCGGCUUGGAAAGCAGCUGAGAAACUGGCUAAAGUGGCUAUGAUGAGAAAGUCUAUGAAUAAAGUGAGUGAUUUACAUGGCUUUGAGGAUGCCAGAUUUUAAAUGUAUUUUUCUUUAUUUAUUGUCGGUAAAAGUAUAUUAAAUAAAAAAUUUGUAAUAAUGAAAAUAAUUGAUAUAAAGAAAAUUAGAAAAGCAUAGAUGAAACUGGCCCAUGAGUCAUGAUAGGGACAAGAAGCACCAAACGGCUAGGCCCUUUUGUGAAUAGAAAAGAAACAGAUUGUGAUGGGCAAGUGAGAUUGGGGUACAAAUUAUUGGAGGGAUAGUUUUUGUCUUUUUGUUUUCAAAUGUAUGUAUAAUUGAAGCUGUUGUUGGGUCUCAUCAAAGAAAAUGUUAAGAAUUAUAUUCCUGUAUGAGUCAUCAAUAGUUUUGUAUGUUUGAAUGUGCUGGUAAUUCUCAGAUAGUGUACUACUAUCCGGAGGGUUCAGAACAAAAUAUGUGGGUCACGUUUCUGGUUUUGACAAAUACUGGUACCAAGUAAUUAAUGAUAUUUUUGGAUAUACA